AUGGCUCUCUCCUUCCGCUCUCUGCUCAAAGUGGCAACUGCCACAGCCCUCCUGGCCAUUCCUCGUGCUGUCCUGGCUGAUACCUCACUCGGCUGCGUUGCCGUCAGCUCAACCUUCCAGACUAUGGUGUCUGCCGUUGACAACAGCCCAGAUACUUGCAAGGCUACUUGCUCCAAGGGUGGCAACUCUUACUACGGCGUGUCCCAACAAUUCUGCGUGUGCUCCAAGACCAUGCCCACCAUCUCAAAGACGUACGACUCCUCGGCUUGCAACUUUGCUUGCUCUGCACCCAACCAAGCGCAGACGUGUGGCGGCGAAGAUAGCUCCACAUUCCAGUUCCUUUACAAUCUCUAUGAGAUAGGCGGUGGCAGCGGCAGCAGCGCAGCUUCUGCGGCUAGCUCAACGGCGCCGUCCACGACUGGGACUCCUGCCACCCCCUCGUCUAGCGGCGCGAGCGCCAGCAUUCCAGCCGAUACCAGCAGCACGACGCCUGCAAGUAGCUCCACCGUUUCGUCGCCGACCGAUGGCACGUCGAUCACUGUGACGGGUUCUUCUGCCACAUCGGGCUCUGCUGUGCACGGCAUCCCGCAGUUGACGUCGACCACCGAGGAGACAAGAGUUUUUAUCUCGACGGUUGACUGUAGCUGCACGAAGAGCAGCGCGACGAAGGCGGGCAACACCCAUGCCGUUGUGACGUCCACGACUGAGGUCAUCGAAACCGUUUCCUGCAGUGGAGGUGAGACUAAUCCAGGCAGCCAAUGCACCAACAGCUUGAUUACCAGCACCAUCGUCCGCACCACCACACUCCACAGCUCCAGCUCCGUAACUCUGCACUCGGCCCAGGCAUCUGCAUCCUCCAUCCCUCCUGUGUCUCGGCCGAGCCCCAUUUCCGUGUCCUCGUCCAUUCCGCCCAUAUCUCUGCCGAGUCCGAUCUCGGUGUCCACGUCCGUCCCGCCCGUCUCUCUGCCGAGCCCCAUCUCCGUCUCCAAUCACUCUACCUUCUCAUCUUCUGAAUCAUCACGCCCCUUGCUAUCCAGCGACUUCAUCGAACCCAGUAGCUCCGUCCCCGGCAACAGCAGGACUCCUUCCACCACUACCGCCGCCAUGUCGACGCAUACGACAUCGUCGGCCGUCGUCGUCCCGCAGAACAACAACUACAACGGGCCCUACAGAAACACCACGAUGGUCACAGCCAAGCCGGUCAGCCCGACCGUCUCGUCGACGUCGCCCCAUGCGGGCGUCAGCAAUAAGCCGAGUAUGGUUGUGACGGCAGCAGGCUUGCGCACGUUUGACCAGGUGUCGCUGAUGAGCAAGGAGUGGUACUUGACACUCGCGGCCUUGACGGUGGCAUUUAUCCUGCUGUAG